AAUUGCAAACGUAAAAGAUAGUAGUACCUUAUUUUGCAAAAAAAACACUCUGAGAAUUGUCGAUAAGAAAGCGUUGGAAAUACCAAACUGAAAAUGCGUCACUUGUUUCUUCUUUCAGUAGACAAUGGCGUUCUCGAGUACCUUCUCCGUUACUCCGGCAUUUCUCUGCGACAACAUUCGCUGGUUCCCUCAUCCCAGUCAUAUGCAUCAGGCAGUAAAUGCUCGUACGAGGCUCAGACCCAUCAGUGCCAAGCUCGCAGAGAAGGCCGCGUUGCGGUACAAGAAACUUGGGGAUUCUGAUCUUGAAGUGAGCGAAAUUACUCUUGGAACUAUGACUUUUGGUCAACAGAACACAGAGAAAGAAGCUCAUGAAAUUCUUAGCUAUUCAUUUGAUCAUGGCAUCAAUAUUCUUGACACUGCAGAAGCUUAUCCAAUACCGAUGAGCAAGGAAACACAAGGAAGAACAGAUCUCUACAUCGGUAGUUGGUUGAAGUCUCAGCCCCGUGAUAAGGUUAUUGUGGCUACAAAAGUAUGUGGUUAUUCAGAGCGGUCAAGCUACAUUCGCGACAAUGCUAAGGUUCUGCGGGUUGAUGCUGCUAAUAUCAAAGAGAGCGUAGAGAAAAGCCUUAAGCGGCUCGGCACUGACUAUAUUGAUUUGUUGCAAAUUCACUGGCCAGAUCGAUAUGUACCACUAUUUGGUCAGUUUUUUUAUGAUUAUUCAAAAUGGAGACCCAGUAUACCAUUUGUGGAGCAACUGAGGGCCUUUCAAGAACUAAUUGAUGAAGGAAAGGUACGCUAUAUUGGAGUUUCAAAUGAGACUUCAUACGGAGUUAUGGAGUUUGUUCAUACAGCCAAAGUUGAGGGGCUACCAAAGAUCAUUAGCAUCCAGAAUAACUACAGUCUGUUAGUUAGAUGCCAUUUUGAAGCUGAUCUUGUUGAAGUUUGCCAUCCAAACAAUUGCAACAUUGGCUUACUCGCAUACUCUCCCUUGGCUGGUGGAGCACUCAGUGGAAAAUAUUUGGACCUGAAUUCUGAAGCUGCAAAAAAAGGAAGACUGAACCUCUUCCCUGGCUACAUGGAAAGAUACAAAGAUUCACUUUCAAGGGAAGCUACAGAGCAAUAUGUUGAAUUGGCGAAGAAGCAUGGUUUAACUCUGGUACAGCUCGCGCUUGGAUUUGCACGAGAUCGUCCAUUUAUGACGAGUUCUAUCAUUGGUGCAACUUCCAUCGACCAACUAAAAGAAGACAUUGAUGCGUUCUUGACAACUGAGAGACCUCUGCCACCAGAAGUAGUGGCAGGUAUUGAAACUAUUUUCAAGAGAUAUAAAGAUCCUGCUAUCCUUUGAGAGUUUUAGCUUUAAGACUGGAUGAUGAUGACUGUCUCACGUAAAAAAUAUGUAACUUGCUUCUUUUUUGUUCUUUAUUAUGCUUCUUGUAUAAUCAGUGUAAAAAGACCUCAGGAUAAUGGAAGAGCACGACCAUGAAUAAAAACAAAGCAAACACAAAGCAAGAAUAUUCAUAGUUAAUCAA